CUUGAAUUCUGUAGAAGGUAUGAGAAAUGCAAUAAUGGCGACACUUGAUCAUUAUUGCUCUACAGAUGAAUUACCUCGCCACGACAAUUGCCCGGAAGGCGCUGAAAGCUGGUGUGAGUGGCGCAAAGCUGAAGCGACAAACACCCUGGUUGCUUUUAAACAUCCACCGCGUCUAAUUGACGAACAUGUCGAGAAGUACAUUCGUCCUGUGUACGAGGAAUUAUCUAAGGACGAGCUGUUAACGAGGUGUUUGGGUGGACACACACAAAAUGCGAACGAGACGUUCAAUUCCACUGUGUGGCGCAUCACACCUAAACACCUUCACUCAGGCAUUAAAAUCUUCGAGAUUGCUGCUUACAUCGCUGGAGAAAUGUUCAAUGAAGGCUACAGUGCAGCAUUGAAAACCAUGCAGUUACUGGAUUUGAAAAUUGGACAUCAAUGCAACAAUUUCGCCAAGGGAGCCGACGAGGAGCGCGUCACCCGACAAAACAGGCGCGAUUCAUGUUCAAGUAAAGAGGCCAGAACAGCCUGCAGACUCGAACAACAGAGCGAAAACCAGUUUUUUGAAGAGUCUGAAGGGCAACUCUAUGGACCCGGAAUCGCUGAUUAGCAUAUUAAUGCGAUGGAAAUUGCGACCUGCACCUUUCCCGCCGCACGACAAAUGCACACUCGAGACGCCUCGGUGAAAUGCUUCUACCAGGCAUAAUAUGAAAUAUAUCUUAAUGAAAAAGUUUAAGAA